AUGAGUGAAGAAGAGCUUAAGAAUUCUGAACAAAGCAAUUAAAAUAAUUCAGAGUCAUAGGAAACAUAAAAAGUAAGAGAAAGACCAGAUCUCAAUAAAUUACUAUACUUGCAAUAUGUUGAUGGAUCUAGAUCAACAUUUAGAGUUGGAACAGAGGAUGCUAGUUGCUUAGCAGUUGCUGCAAGCAGCUUUACUUGGUCUCACACAGACAACCCUGAAUAUUGGGCUCUGGAAGAAAUUGAAAAUUCUCUAUUUAAAAGUGCUCUCUACAGGUGCAAGUAUGUGUGGUGGUUUAAUCCAGAGUUAGUUGUUGAGGGUAUACUCACUGGUGCUUAUCACAUAUAUAUUAGACAUGGAAACACUUAUUUGAGCUCUCCAAAAAUAAAAGUGUACUAAGUUAAGGGUGAUGACUAGGGUCAGGACUUCAAAGGUUGGAUUCAUCCUUUUAGGGAAGAGACAGUUUUUGGCGAGGAAAAUAAAGAAAUUCUAGUGAAUACAUAUGCAGGCACUAUCUAUGUUAGUGCAUAGGAGCUACCAUCUACUAUAAAAUUGCAAAUGUUUUCAAGUGAUCAGUGCAUCUAAAAUUAUUUGUUCGAAGGGUUUUUACUAGUACCUACCUUGGAUAUUGAAACUCCUCCUUCUUAUUUCUAUCCAUUAGAUAUAGAUAGCGGGGCGAAUGUUGAUUGGGAGAGAAAGGCACAAGCUGUUUAUAUGGCUAGUUUCUCAACUGAUCCAAAUCAAGCUUUAAUUGAGCAGUUUGAAGACAAGCAAAUAAAAAUUGUAGGACAUAUAAGAGGAGAGACAAGCGGACACACCCAUGAGGGUCCUGAAAACCUCCUCUAAUCAGAAAGCAAAUGGUGUGUCACCAAUGCUCAUCAUGCUACAGCAUUCAUUGACUUAGAUGAAGAGAUUUCUUUUAGAGCAUUUGGCUUGAUAAGUGGAAAUGAUUGCCCUGAAAGAGAUCCUAAGUAAGUUGUCUUGUCAGUUAUUUUUAAUGGUGAUGAUGAGUACAGAAAUAUUUUCAUAAUACACUCACAUCUGAAAUUUGACUAGAGAAAUGAAAAAAGACUUUUUAUGGUGAGUAAUGAAGGAAUAAAAACAAGACACAUUAAGAUAGAGUUCAAAUCAGAUCACGAAGUCAAUUAAUUCUAAAUCUCAGAAGUAUUAUUCUUCAAAUGA